AUGGACAUCCACAGCGAUGUCCAACAUAUCGAAAGCGCAGACGAUCUGUCUCUGGCGGCGAAUAUUCCCAGUCAAUUCACUGUGGUCAAUUUGAAUCAAAAACCUGAGUCUCCCGAUCCUGAAACUAGCCAACAGAUAUUCCAUAUCACAGUCCCAACGAUCGAAAACGAUGAUGAAUAUAAAUUCCUACCCAGUCAUUCGGAAGUCGAAGAAAUCCUUGAUACGGUCAACGGUUCAGGUCCAUUAUCUGAUAGCUAUGUUCGCAAACUUCAAAACGGACGCAGCGCACUCUUCUUGUUUAACCAACUAGGAUCCCGCAGUUCUAGGGAACGCAGCGAUUCCUUCAAAGAUGAAGACAUGGUCGCUCUCCGCCGGCACUCAGGGAGAACGCAGCCUCAAAGGGAUAGCUUCUAUGUUAAUUCCACAACUCUCGAAUUGUCUUCAGAUGAUGACCCAUUGGCCAGACCGAUGACAAGGCCUGUUAGGGCUUCUAAACGCCGUUUGAUUCGAAGGGGCAACACUUCUGACACUGCUAACGACACUGUUAACGACACAUUCCCGACUAGACGCUCCAGUCGUCUAGUCCAGUCCUCCGCCCCUCUGAGCUCAGAGAGCAGUGACGAUGAAUCGAUAGAGUCUUUUAUUGAAGAUAAACCUAGAAAACGGGGACGACGACAACCUAUAGGAACCGGACGACGUCCCAAGUCAUACAAACUUGAAAAUUCUAAACCUGUUCAACUUGGGGUUCGGUCAUCACAGAGAGUGAAAUCGUUGAAGAGCAUGGCAGAGCGCUUAGAAGAUGACAUAUCUGAAGCCGAGAAUACGCCAUCCGGUGUGAAAUAUUCGGCUACAAAGGAAAUCUUUAAGAAGAUCCCGAAAGAGGAUCCCUUCCGGACACAUCAUCAACAGCUGUGUAACACCUGUCACGCCGUUGACUUCGAAAAGGGUCAUCUUGUAUUUUGCCAAGGGUGCACAGCAGCUUAUCACCAGAAAUGUCUUGGACCUCGCAUUCAAAGAGAGCACUUAGUAACUAAGGUUGGGGAAGAUGAUUUUAUUCUACAGUGCCGCCGCUGUUUAGGCUCCGCUCACACAAAAGAUGCCCUUGCUCCUCAUCAAGGGGCUUGCACUCAGUGCCACAAACUCAGUCCAUUAUCGAAACCGUUGAGAUCACGAAUGACAGCACGCGAGGAACAAUUACUAAGGGAAGACAACAGUGGCUCUGAUCCUAUCGUUGAUGUUGAUAUCCCCUUAUAUAGUGUAGAUAAUAUAAUGUUUCGAUGUGCUUCAUGUGAGCGUGCAUGGCACAUGAAUCAUCUUCCACCCAGGGGUCGAAGUUUUACCCAUGUCAUCGGGGAGAGCGACAACGAAGGCGAUGGCGAACAAAGAUUCAAAGAAUAUUCUGGCCGAUUUUUGUGUGAGGACUGCGUCAACAUGCCAGGUCCAAUAGAAUCUAUCGUCGCUUGGCGACCCGUUGACCUGGAUAGUUUUGUUCCAGGCUAUACGUCAGAUAUGCUUGAGGAGACCUCCAAAGAAUACUUAAUAAAAUGGCAGAAAAAGUCGUACUUUCAGACCACGUGGAUGCCCGGUGCCUGGGUUUGGGCCAUCGCUGCUGCACCAAGCAGGAAAGCAUUUAGCAAAUCUUCGAAGUCCCUAAAACCUAUAAUGACAAAGGAGGAUGCCAUUCCAGAGGAGUUUCUACGUGUGGACAUAAUUUUCGACCUUGAAUACUCAAAUGUCGUCAGCAAUUCGACUUACGAGAUUGACCUGGCCCGAUCUAAUGAAGUAUCCAGAAUUUAUGCCAAGUACAAGGGUCUGUCGUAUGAGGAAGCUGUUUGGGAAACAAUCCCAUCACCAGAAGAGACAGAACGCUGGCAUGAUUAUCAAUUGGCCUACAAAGAUUGGGUUGCUGGGAAACAUGUCCAUGUGCCAAAAAGCCAUAUCUUAAAAAAGAAUUUGGCUAACGUUCGAUCCCGGGAUUUUGCUACGCAGCUCGUAAAGCAGACCCAGCCAACAUUGUUAACAGGUGGACAGAUCAUGGAAUAUCAAAAAGACGGCUUGAACUGGUUAUACUACAUGUGGUACAAAGAACAAAAUGCUAUACUAGCCGACGAGAUGGGACUGGGAAAGACGAUUCAAAUAAUUGCACUUUUUGCGACGCUCAUCCAUGACCAUAGGUGCUGGCCCUUCCUUGUCGUUGUCCCAAAUUCGACGUGUCCCAAUUGGCGUCGGGAAAUAAAGACUUGGGCACCCUCCCUGCGAGUCGUAACUUAUUACGGCUCGUCUGCCGCAAGAAAAAUAGCGCAUGAUUAUGAGAUGUUUCCCGAUGGCACAUCAGAUCUUCGAUGCCAUAUUGUGGUUACUUCAUAUGACGCAAUGAUUGACGAUAAGGUGAAGCGGCUGUUUUCGAAGAUUCCAUGGGCUGGAUUGGUUGUCGAUGAAGGUCAGCGCUUGAAGAAUGACAAAAAUCAGCUAUACGAGGCUUUGACACGUAUCAACUUCCCUUUCAAGGUUCUUCUUACCGGAACGCCCCUUCAAAACAAUAUUCGCGAAUUGUUCAAUAUCAUCCAAUUCUGCGAUCCCUCUAAGAAUGCUGAAGCUCUCGAACAGCAAUACGGAGGGGAUUUUACGAAGGAAACGCUGGCUGAACUGCAUGACAUGCUCCGGCCCUAUUUUCUCCGUCGAACAAAAGCUCAGGUCCUGACAUUUCUCCCGCCCAUGGCGCAGAUCAUUCUACCAGUUACAAUGAGUGUCGUACAGAAAAAGUUGUACAAAUCUAUUUUGGCCAAAAACCCACAACUGAUCAAAGCGAUUUUCAAGAGAGAUCCAGGAAGUACCUUAAAACAAACCGAACGACACAAUCUGAACAAUAUUUUAAUGCAACUUAGAAAAUGUUUGUGUCACCCAUUCGUUUACUCUAAAGCGAUAGAAGAGAGAACUGUAAACGCAGCUCUGUCCCAUAGAAAUCUGGUGGAAGCAUCAUCAAAACUCCAGUUAUUGGAAAUGCUCGUGCCGAAAUUGCAAGAGAGGGGCCAUCGCGUCUUAAUCUUCAGCCAAUUCCUGGAUAACCUGGAUGUAAUUGAAGAUUUUCUUGACGGCCUGGGCCUUCUACACCGCCGGCUUGAUGGGUCCAUGACUUCUCUUCAAAAGCAAAAGCAGAUUGAUGACUAUAACGCCCCCGAUUCGCCAUACUUUGCAUUUUUGUUAUCAACCAGAUCCGGUGGUGUUGGUAUUAAUCUAGCAACGGCUGACACAGUAAUCAUCAUGGACCCCGACUUCAAUCCGCAUCAGGAUAUUCAAGCUUUAUCCAGAGCACAUCGGAUUGGUCAACAGAAGAAAGUGCUUGUUUUCCAGUUGGUGACGAAGGCAUCCGCCGAAGAAAAAAUUAUGCAAAUCGGGAAGAAGAAAUUGGCUUUGGAUCAAGUUUUGAUUGAACAUAUGGAUGCGGAGGAUGACACAGAGGUUGAUUUGGAGGCCAUUCUUCGCCAUGGAGCCGACGCCCUCUUCGAAGAUAAUGCCACUGAUGAUAUUCAAUACGAUAACGAGUCAAUUGAAAAACUCCUCGACCGAAGCCAAAUAGAGAACACCAAUACUGGUGAUGACGGAUCUGCGGAGUCCCAGUUCAGCUUUGCUAGGGUGUGGGUUAAUGGGACUCUAUCGGACAAGUUGGGCACUUCAGAAACUGCAACUCCAACUGACACAGUGUGGAAUAAGAUUUUACAAGAACGCGAACGUAUAGCAGCAGAAGAAGCAAAGACCAACUCUCAAACUUUAGGUCGAGGAAAACGAAAGCGUCAGACUGUUGACUAUGCAGUUCAAGAUCAGAACUUGAACUCGUCCCCGAAAGGUGGAAGAAAGGAUGAUACUGAUGCAGAAUUUCAAUCGUUCGGUCCAGAAUCUGAUACGGAGGAUGCUGAAACUGAUGGUGACUUUGCUGGUGAAACUCCCAAAACGGAUAAUCAAAAGAAUUCUGAGGAUGGUGGCACUACGAAAGUACGACCUUUCAGACGUAUCAACGUCCCUGAUGUCGGCUUGGUAUUGAACGGAACUAUGACAGAUGGGAGCGGCGGACCAAGUCCCAUGGCACAUCCGCCGCAUCGUUGUGUGGCCUGUGAUCAAAUUCAUCCAACUGGAUACUGUCCAUUAAAACUAGCAGGCGUGGAACACUGUGGCAUUUGUGGAAUUGCACAUUAUGGACGUGGAAGAACAUGCCCACACCUCAAUUCAGAGACUCAGGUCGCAUUAAUGCUUGGCUCCCUCAAAGAGAGUCCUGAGCAACGAACCUUAGUUGAUGAGGCCACUAAGUAUCUGCGAGGCAUUCGGGGCGACCUUGUUAGAAGGAAGAGGGUCAAGGAAAACAAAAAUGCUGCAGGUUCUCUUUCCCAUUCUCAGACUCCGCCAGUAUCACACCAAAACCAAAACGCUGCUGUAAACCCGCCUCAUCCACCAACUUGCCCACCACUUCCAUUGCAGACCGACCAAAAUGCAGCACCACAUCCUUCUUGA